CUCUUAACCUGGCGAGAUUGCAUUGGCUUUCGUGUGAAAAAGGGUUUACCGUUUAGUUCUUCUUGUCAGCUGUGUCGGAGCUCCCGUUGCGAAGAACGUCCUAAAUAGUUUCUAUAACGGAAUGGAGGAUCUUGGCCUUGGCGACCCGCUGGGUUCUCUGGGGGCAGACUUGGCCGGCUAUCUUGAAGGUGCUGGCUUUGUAGGCGCUGGCUUGGAGCAGCCAUUUUUGGGCGAGCUGGAGGCCAUUGCAAGCAGGCUUGAGAUGCCGCAUUCUUUUACAGAACAGCAAGACGUUAAGGCUGGGGAGCUGCCCACUACAAGCGCAGCAGAUAUCCUUUCGCAAGACGAUGACGAGGAGGCAGGUCGCGCGGGCCAGAGUGGCCCAAAGCGACGACGGCGGACACGCACCGAACGCCAACAAGUUCUGAAUCGUCUAGCGCAGCAGCGAUAUCGGCAACGAAAGAAAGAGAAGGUCCAGGCGCUGCAAUCCACAGUCGGGACUCUCCAAAGUCAACUGGACCGGCUCUCUUUCCUGGAGGCCGAAAACGCCGAUCUCCGCGCCACCACACAGCAGCUAGGCGAGCAGAUUGGUGUCAAGGACGCAGCACUGCUGCAGAUGCAGCAGCAGCUACGGCAGACCUGCGUGGCUCUAAAGGUACAGCAGGAGAAGUGCGCGGCACAGGAGCGACAGCUGACUGAGGCGCAGCAGACGAUGGAGGCGCAGCGGCAACAGCUACGGUCUUCAUCCCUGGCGGGGCUUGAUCCUCAGGCCCUCAGCGACCGACUGCUGGCUAUCAUCAAGGAGGCGUUGGCGGACGCACAAUCUGCUGGCGGCAGCGGUGGUGGCUGCAGCGGCAGUUCUAGCAGCCAGGGUGGCAGCGGCGGGCAGGGCCAGUUGGCGCAACCACUCUCGCUGAUGUCGGACGCAGUCGUACAGCGUAUUAGCCGUACAUUGACGUCGUGUUGUCGGGAGCUUGUGUACGCGACGAAGGGCAAGCAGGCGGCAGCGGCAGCGGACACACCGUCGGCCAUUCCUGUCUCGUGCUGUUGA